AUGGACGUCUCAUAUGUUCCUCACGCCGAACGCGUUCGUCGCAAGAAUCGAUCUUCCACCAAUGUCAACCAUCUCUCUCUAGCUCCUUUGACGACGAAGCUUCCCAUCGAUGAUGACGAAGCCAUUGUCGACGCCGCUGUGCCUCUGUCGCGACCGAGCACCUCAUAUCUGCAGGGCAAGUCUGCUCCCACCACGCCUCGGCUGCUGGCUAGCUCCGCAACCAAGCCUCGGUCACGGUCGAGGUCGCAGAACCGGACACCAUCCGCCUCGGGCGCCCCAAUCACCAAGAGCAAGUCGUCGUCGCAUCUCACCCAUGCGGCGAAGAAGUCUGCGACAGGCACAUCGACGCCCCGCCGGCGACACGACGAGGGAACUGACGGCGAUUGGCUGCUGAGGACAGGCGCAUUGAUGACUUUUGAGGCGCGAGAAUUCAAAGGCCAGUCGUGGCUUGUCUCGCGGCAGAGCUCGACGAGUCUCACGGGCAUCCGCAGCAUCGAAGACGUGGCGUUUGAGGAUGAGCUGGCGCGCGAAAGAGAGAUGACGAGCCUACUUACAAGCAGGCGUGGCAGUCUAGCCGACGAUGACAUGUCCAUUUCCGUCAUUGGCAGUAAAAUACACAGCCGGUCUCACAGCAUUCACGGCAGCCGGAGUCAACUCAUGACGCCUGUAGAGCGGCUCAUCGACGACGGCUCAUAUUUCCCGAGCCAAGAGUCGCUUGCUGGGCCCGACUUCAUCGACCUCGACGAAAGACUAGAGGAGCUGGAGCGAGACACGGUAGAGGACGCCGAGGCCGCAGUCAAGAGGCUGAUGCGGCGAGGCACGGGGGCCAAAGCCGGGUGGAUGACGAGCUUCAUGGGAUGGAAUCUCUUCUCGGUGGAUGAGCACGAGGAGGAGACGGAUGAGGAGUCAGAGUAUGACGAGUCGCUGGCGAAUUCGCGAUCACAGGAGGACCGGAGUGCUUGGCUUCAGCGUCACGUCGAAGGCCCUUUGGACCCGGAGGACUUUGUGCCGCCUCCAACGACCGACGAGGGAAGCUGGAGCGAUGCGGCAUGGCUGCUCAGCGUAGCAUCAAAGGUGAUAUUUUGA